UCCUGCGUCCAUAGACCACGUCGUAGACGUUGACCGUAGACCACGUCGUAGACCGUAGACCACGUCGAUCCUUCACAGUGAGAGGAAGAGAUCUGUGGAAUCCUGGAGCCAGUGGAGCAAACAGCAGCAGCUCUGCUCAACCUCAGCGCCAACAUGUUGUACCUGGAGACCGGGCCUAGCACCACGUCCUACAGCGAGUCUCAGUACACCAACCUGGGGCUCCUGAAUAGCAUGGACCAGAGCAUCCAGAACGGCGGCUCCACGUCCACCAGCCCGUACAACAACGACCACGCCCAGAACGUGACCGCCCCGUCGCCCUAUGCCCAGCCCAGCUCCACCUUCGACGCCCUCUCCCCAUCGCCGGCCAUCCCGUCCAACACCGACUACGCCGGGACGCACGCCUUCGACGUGUCCUUCCAGCAGUCCAGCACAGCGAAGUCCGCCACCUGGACGGUAAGAAAACCUUUGAGUCCUUGAAACCAGGCGUAACCCUAUUGCACUUCCUGUUUGAAGUCAGUGUGUUUCUGGUUCAGAUGUCGGAAAUCAGGUGUUUAGUUGAUGCUGCGUUCACUUACAAGCAGGAAAAUGUGGCCGCCUGAAGCUAUCUGAUGUUUCUAUGACAGAUCUCUGAGCUUCUACCAAGAGAAACAGUUCAUUGAGUAACCAUCUUUACAUCUACAGAUUUUUUCAUUGAGGAAAUAUUUCAGAAAAUCUAAUUCAAGACAUUUUUUUUAAAACUGCAGGAACUAGUGAACUAGCAGCACGAAGAAGCACAAACAAAAGUUACAACAUUGUUUUUAGCACAAAGGCUCCAUAAAGAAAAAUACGGUAAUUCACCGUGAGAGUCGCCAUGUUUCUGUGACGUCAAGUUUGUUUACGACGGCCGACUUGGUAUUAUGUUUGGGACGAGAAUUUCUUUGCACUUCACCGUGUCAGAGGUCGUAUUUAGCAGAUUUAGCGGAGACAUGAAGUCACGUGACCGUGGUAGAGUUCCUUUAUAGACUGACGUGAAGUCACGUGACCGUGGUGGAGUUCCUUUACAGACUAACAUGAAAUCACGUGACCGUAGGAGAGUUCCUUUAUAGACUGACGUGAAGUCACGUGACCGUGGUGGAGUUCCUUUACAG